CGCAGGCGGACUGGUAUGCUGGCCAGCGAGCAUGCUUUAUUCACACGGAGGAAGAGGGGGUGAAAGUUCAUAAUGGUUUGCACAUAUCAGGUGACAAUGCUGUGGAAAAGUUGGUCAGCGUCUGUGGUUUAGCCUAACCAACAGAGACAUUUAAGAAAAUGACCAGCAGCAGCGAGGGGGUUUCGAAGUACACCGAGGUCGAAGACGAAGAAACAUUGGCGAUUGGUUAUUACGAUGACGACGACGACGACUUUGAUACAUUCACAGACGGGAAUCUGGACUGUAGCUGCGAAGACGGAGGUGGUUUCAGUGACCCCCUCAGUGGGGAGGUGAAGCCCAGGAUCCUCCUCAUGGGUCUAAGGCGUAGCGGCAAGUCUUCCAUCCAAAAAGUGGUGUUCCACAAGAUGUCCCCCAACGAGACCCUGUUUCUGGAGAGCACCAAUAAGAUCUGCAGAGAGGACGUGUCCAACAGUUCCUUCGUCAGCUUCCAGAUUUGGGACUUCCCUGGACAGAUUGACUUCUUUGACCCCACCUUUGACUACGAGAUGAUCUUCAGAGGAACAGGGGCCCUCAUCUUCGUCAUCGACUCACAGGAUGACUAUGUGGAGGCGCUGAGUCGGCUCCACCUUACAGUAACCAGGGCCUACAAGGUCAACCCAGAAAUCAACUUUGAGGUGUUUAUCCACAAGGUGGAUGGGCUGUCGGACGACGCUAAGAUCGAGAAGCAGAGGGACAUACACAAACGGGCCAAUGACGACCUGGCUGACGCUGGCUUGGAGAAGAUACAUCUAAGUCUUUACCUGACCAGCAUCUAUGACCACUCCAUAUUUGAGGCCUUCAGCAAAGUGGUGCAGAAACUCAUCCCUCAGCUGCCCACUCUCGAGAACUUGCUCAAUAUCUUCAUAUCUAACUCGGGCAUAGAGAAGGCCUUUCUGUUUGACGUGGUCAGUAAGAUCUACAUCGCCACAGACAGCAGUCCGGUGGACAUGCAGACCUACGAGCUGUGCUGCGACAUGAUCGAUGUGGUCAUAGACAUCUCCUGCAUCUAUGGGCUGACAGAGGAAGAGGCAGGUCAGCCCUAUGAUAAAGAGUCCAUGGCCAUCAUCCACCUGAACAACACCACCGUCAUGUACCUGAAGGAGGUCACCAAGUUCCUGGCUCUGGUCUGCUUCCUCCGAGAGGAGAGCUUUGAGAGGAAAGGACUAAUUGACUACAACUUUCACUGUUUUAAGAAUGCUAUUCAGGAGGUGUUUGAUGUACGAGUGAAGGUGCAGAAAAACAGAAAGCUACUCAGCCAGAGGAGGUGGAGCAAACAGGCCUCAAUUGAGUCCUCAGCAGCCACCACUGAACGCCGCCCCAUUGGUGGCAUCACAUGUCAAUCAACCAUCUUUAAAUCAACAUAAAAUAAAGAGGAGGUGAUAUGUGAAGGGCUGUGGGCUGUAUGGCCCCAAACACACUCAGGUUGUACAACUGCUGUACAACACAUUUGGCACAACGUUUGUAAUACAACAGAGAGUUUAAAAAAAAAACACAAUAGUAAAAAUGUUUGUGCAAGUGCACAACUGUUCAACAAUCACGAAUGGUUGCAUUUCAACCAUACAAACCAGCAGAUAUAGGAUCUUAAUUUGAUCACUCUUUUGUUGCUGAGAACAUGAUAAUUCACAUUUCCUGUUACAGAAAGAUUACUUUCCUGCUGUAGCAAACUGCCUCAAAUUAAGAUCUUACAUCUGUAUAACUUGGGCCAGAAGUUUUUGUCUAAUCAUACGACCUGACCCGGAAA